AUGAGUGCCUUUGCACAGUUUGAUGCUGAAGGAGAUGGCACUGUGGAUGUGGAGAAUAUGCUGGAGGCUCUCAAGAAUUGUAGUGGAGCUAAUCUUCAAGGGGAGCUUAGCCAUGUCAUCAGGCAGCUGCAAGCUUGUUCACUCGUUCCAGGUUUUAUUGAUAUAUUUUCUGAAUCAAAAGAGCGUCUUGGUCUUCACGCUUCCAUGAUCCUGAGGUUCUUGCACCGCAACCGGAUCUCCAGCUCUGCCAUCCCAUACCCAGUGCUGGAGUACUUCAACAACAUCUGCACCAUGAGGUCCUCUGUCCUGAAGGAUUCCUUAGAUCGACUUCUCCUGAAGGAGAGAGAAUACCCCAGUGACCUGAAUGGCAAUCAGGAGUCAGACAAGCUGAAGUCUGUCACAAAGUGCUAUACCCACAUAGAAACCUCAUCCAAUUCUGCAGAUAUUGACAAGAUGACCAAUGGAGAAACAACAUCCUUCUGGCAGUCGGAUGGGAGUGCUCGCUCACACUGGAUACGUUUAAAGAUGAAACCAGAUAUUGUUUUGAGACAUCUGUCCAUUGCGGUGGCAGCCAAUGACCAGAGCUACAUGCCACAGCAGGUGACAGUGGCAGUGGGGAGGAAUGCCAGCAGUCUUCAGGAGGUCCGAAAUGUUCACAUUCCAAGCAAUAUCACUGGCUACGUAACACUGUUGGAAAACGCUAACAUUAGUCAGAUGUAUGUACAGAUAAACAUCAAACGUUGCCUUAGUGAUGGAUGUGACACCAGAAUCCAUGGGCUGAGGGCUGUUGGUUACCAGAGGGUGAAGAAGGUGGGAGUCUCUGUGUGCGACGCCUCCGCUAUCUGGUACUGGUCUCUGCUGACCUCUCUGGUCACAGCUUCCAUGGAGACAAAUCCAGCAUUUGUCCACACCAUUUUACAGAAUACUCAGAAAGCACUGCAGCACAUGCCACCUCUGUCCCUAACCCCAGGCUCUACAGACUUCUCAAGCUUCUUAUCUCCAAAUGUUUUGGAAGAAGUUGAUAGUUUCCUUAUAAGAAUAACAAGUUCUUGUACUACUCCAGAGGUUGAACUUACCCUCUUGGCCUUUGCCUUAGCCCGGGGGAGUGUUGCCAAAGUGAUAAGUUCCCUUUGUGCAAUCACGGAUCAUCUGGACACCCCGUACAAGGCUUCCUCACUUAUCACUUCCAUGGCAACAGUCAGACAGAACCUGCUGUAUAAAUAUGGGAAACCAUUACGACUGACUUUGCAAGCGUGUGAUGUAAAGGGAAAAGAAGACAAAUCAGGGCCUGAAAACCUCCUUUUAGAGCCAUGGACUGGGGAUGGUUUUCUGACGGAAACUGGGAAAACCAGAGCAAGCAUCAUUCUUUCUACUGGAACUGAAUCUGCAUUUCAAGUGACACAAAUUAGAAUAAAGGUGCGUCGAGGUGCCAUCGGGGCCCAGUGUGGGCUGGUCUUUGCUUAUAAUUGUGCUUCAGAGAAGUUCCAUGCAGAGGAACACUUCAAGAGAUUUGAAAGUUAUGACAAGUGGAAGCUGCGGGAAUUCAAGCAAUUUUUAAAAAGCAGAAGCAGUUGUUCGUGUGAUGAUUUGGGAGAUGAUGAUCCUAUUGGCUGGUUUGAAGUGGAAGAAGAGUGGGAUGAAGUUGAUGUCAGAAUGCAGAAAUGCAGAAUUGCCCAAUACUUGAUGAUCAAGUUCCUGUGCACAAGGCAAGACACAGCAGAGCGACUCGGGGUGCAGGGCCUGAAUGUCCUUGGUUACCUCCGGCCUGUGCGAGAGGAGCCCAGCAGCACCAUGAACUGCUUGCAGUGCAGGAAAACUGAUGAGGAUACAGUUUGUGGCACAACUCUCCUCCUGAAGACACUUCAUUUCAUCCAGCAGCUGGCACAGGACCUGGUUCAGCAGAAGGAGAGAAGAUUAAAAUACAAGUCAUUUUUAGAUUUCACAGGCCUUGAUUUGCAGCUGUUCUGGAAUUUUUAUAAUAAACUUCACCAAAACCCAAGGGAAGAAUGUAUCUUUGCUCAGACACUGCUAUUGCAGCUUCUCCAGAGCUGCUUCUCAGUCCUUACUGGAGACAAUAAAACUGCUAAACCUCAAGAAACUUCUCAGAGCAAAACAUCUGGUCACACAGAAGCUGCAGAAGAGCUUUACAGACAUUUGUGUGAAGUGGUGGAUAUGGGGGACAGUAACUUCAUGCCAAUGAAAAUGCUAAAAGAGGAAGUCAAGAACACCUUGCUCAGUGGAGCAGCAAUCUUCUUCCCAGACAGACAAGCCAGGAGACACCAGCUCUUCACCAUGAUGAAAAACAUCACUGAGCAGGAGCAUAAGCAAUCAGUACAUCUUGCCUUCAGAUCCUUGUGUACCCACUUCAGUGAUCAAGAUCCAGGUGGACUCUUAUUAUUACCAGAGAAAGGAAUUUCUGCAGAUUUUGGCACAAGUGAGGUGCUCUCAGUCAUGGAUACCCUUCUGCUAGUGGCAGCAAGAGAGUGUGAAAUGAUGAUGCUGGAUGUUGCACAGCAAGAGAGUGGCACAGUCUUGUCUUCCUUAUUCUGGUCUGUCCAAGGUAGCCUCCUUUCCUGGUGCUACCUGCAACUGAAGGGUGGGGAUGAUUCCACCAAGGAUCUUGCAGUGGAAAUACUCAAAAACUAUGUGAGCCAGUUCCUGUCAAAUAUCAGAACGAUUUUGCAGUCACUUUUAUCUCAAUAUAGUGGCAAAACAAUAGUGGAAAAAAUCAGUAACUCUGUCUUUGCUAUGGCAACUCGUCAGCUGGUCAUCUUCUUGUUGGAUUUUUGCACUUUAGACAUUCCGUACUGUACUCUGCUACAGGAAUUCAGCACUUUGAUAGAACCACUGAAAAGCCUUUGUAGUGAGCCUCAUAAGAUGGAAAUGGAAAGCUGGCAGCAAGAGCAGCCAGUGGUGCUGAGGACAUGGACAAUGGAAUCACCUCAUAACUAUGAGAAUAAUUGCCAUGAAGUCUCAGUCUUCUUGUGUCAUGGGGCAACAUACUUUGAGGUGGAAUUUGAUGAAAAAUGUGAAACUGAAAGGAGGUAUGAUUACCUGGAGUUUACUGAUGCCAGAGGUGCAAAAACUCGUUACGAUACCAAGGUUGGCACUGAGAAGUGGCCUAAGAAAGUGACCUUUAAGGCUGGCCCACGGCUGCAGUUUCUCUUUCACUCUGACAGCAGUAAUAAUGAGUGGGGCUACAAGUUUUCUGUCACUGCCUACGGCCUCCCCGACGUCGCCGUCUCUUGGGGCUUGGAUUUACAGCUUCUUGUGUCGCGGCUGAUGGGGCGCUUGGCUUCCCGAAGCCUGGCGCUGAAAUCCCUGCGAGAUUUAGGCAGUGAGGCAGAUUUGCCUCCUUUGAAAGUAACAUCAGUUCUUAAUUCUCCUCUGUGGAAACCUGUCUUCAGGCAUCAGAUGUGUCCUGAGGCACUCCUGGGAGCCAGGAAAAGCAGUAGACAGUACCAAGACAAAACAGAGGUUAGGAGCUCUCACCAGGACGACUGUCGUAACUUUCUCAUCGACUUUGCAAAAUCAGAUCCUGCCCAGGAUUUCAGUGGGCAAAAAUCUGAACUUUUCAAAGGACUUAUUCAGGCAUGUAAAAAACAGACCCCAAAGACAGAUAUAGUUGCUGGUUCUACUGUUGAUCAAGCUGUGAACUCAACGUUUGCUGCUUUGCUGUAUCUCACUCCAGAUUUAUAUGAGAAGCUUCAAAAAUAUGUCACCAGUGGGGGCAAGGUGCCUUUGAGUGAUGAGUUUGCACAAGUAUAUUCCCUGGCUGAUUCGAUUAGAAUAUGGAUGCUGGAAAUGAAGCAGAAAUCCCUGAUGAGCAGGGGAAAUGAUACUGAGGAGAAGCAGAACACAGAAGCAAGUGAAGUGAACCCAGAAACUCUUGCAAAACUUUGUAUGCAGAAGAGCCUUUUGCUACUCAGUUUUUUGCCUGUAAGAGCCAAGACGAAAGGUUCUGCUUCGGACAGUUUGGAAUCCCAAGAUACUGAUGAUCUCCAACACUAUGUCAGUGACAAAUGCCAAAGAAAAGGUUCUGUUGUGGACACAGGCUUCCAGGCAGCCCACUCAUUGUCUUCCACUGGCGAAACUCAUCCUGUUCCAAAAGAGGGGGCCCAAGUGACACAGCCUGAUAUGAAGGUUAAAGGAGCUCCUGAUCCCCUCCAAGCAGAAGAAGCAUCUGCAGCUCACAGUAGGGCUGUUGAAAAUGCAGCUUCACAGCAAGAAGAUGUAUCAUCACCUCCUUCUACUCCCACAAGGAAAUCUCAGUUCAGCAGAGGAAGACUAAGGCUGCUGUCUUUCAGAUCAAUGGAAGAGCCAAGAGCUGUGCCUACUGUGAAGGAGAAAUACCCUAUCUUGAAAAGCAUAUUAGACUUUAUUAAAGAUCAAUCACUUUCACAUGAAAGUGUCUUAAAGGUUCUUGCUUUGAGAAAAUCCCAAGGGCAGAGUAUUCUGGAAGUGCUGAAGACAAUCCGCCGGUGCCUGGACUCCCUUGGGCAGCCACACUGUUUCCAUCCACCGUGUGUACUUUUCCUCUUGGAGCUUCUGGCCUGUCAGAAAGAUUUUACAAACUACUUUGGAAACUUGGAAGGCUGUGGUGCUGAGCUACACAAAGAAAUUCGAGAGUCCUACUAUCAGCUUGUUUUAUUCCUGGUGAAUUCUGUGAAGGGAUUUAGUACCAUUAAUGACAGAUCACUGCUUCCUGCCUUAUCAUGUGUGCAAACAACUGUCCUUCACCUUCUGGAUAUGAGCUGGGAACCUAGUGAUCUUUCCUUCUUUGUUGAGAUCCAGUUACCACAUCUCCUUAUGGCUACUUCACAAGAAAACAUAAGUAUUCAUGAAAGUGUCAUUUGCCAGUGGAGUGAAGAAGAUGAAAUUGCAGACUACAAGCAAAACUGUGAGUGGAUGGAUGAGUGUCAGGAUGUCACGUUUGAGACCUGGUAUGAAAAGAUAGCUCAAGCUGAACCAGAGAAGCAGAGAAAGAUGCACAUGUUUGUGGCUCGUUACUGUGACCUGUUAAAUGUGGACAUAUCCUGUGAUGGCUGUGAUGAAAUUGCCCCGUGGCAUCGCUACCGCUGCCUGCAGUGCAACGACAUGGAUCUCUGUAAAACUUGUUUUCUUGGAGGAGUCAAACCUGAAGGCCAUGAGGAUGACCAUGAAAUGGUCAGCAUUGAGUAUGCCUGUGACCACUGCCAAGGGGUUAUUAUAGGUCGGAGAAUGAACUGCAACGUGUGUGAUGACUUUGACCUUUGCUACGGGUGCUACUCUGCAAAGAAGUACUCAGACAGUCACCUGCCCACCCACAGCAUCACGGUGUAUCCCAUGGUGACCAUUCGCAUCAGUGACCGACAGAGGCUCAUCCAGCCCUACGUCCACAACUACUCCUGGCUGCUCUUUGCAGCUUUGACUCUCUACAGUGCAGAUCUGGCAAAUGGGGAGGAAGUAGAAGGAGAGAAACUAGAUUCCCAGGUCCUCAGUCAUGCCAGAGUUCUCCAACACCAGUGCAUACAGCUCAUUGGAGACUGCCUGAUGAAAGCACAGCACGGAAAGGGUCUGAAAAAUUUAGCUCUUCUCUGCAUGUUACCAGAAGGUGAAUCCUUCUCAGAGAAUGAUGCUGUUUCAGUCAGUCCUCCCACAGAUGGUGCUCCAAAAGGUCCUGGAGAUACUGGUGAUAAAGCUGUGAGGNNNAGAGAUGAGAAGCCAAGCACAGGCUCUUUGCUGCAGUGUAAUGGCAAAGGAGAGGUUCUCAGUGAAAUCCAGUCUCCUGCAGAAGAUCAAGUAGGAAAAGAAGGAAGUGAAAGCAAAGCUGUCUUUGCAAAGAAAGAUGUUUUGAGACAAGAGUCAGACUUGCCUGUGGCUGAUAAUGUUUCUCUAACAGCAGAUGCCCACCUUGUGGAGGAUUCAGCCCAGAAGCAAGCAGAGAAGAUUUUAAUACCUAGCCAGGAACAAGUUUUUGCUGAAUGCUCUCAGAAGAGGAUUCUAGGAUUACUGGCAGCUAUGUUACCACCUUUCAAAUCAGGCUCCACAAUGUCUUUGAUUAACCUGGAGCAAAUACUUCCACUGAUGUUCCAGGUUGUCAUCUCAAAUGCUGGCCACCUCAAUGAAACUUAUCAUUUAACCCUGGGACUUCUUGGCCAGCUCAUCCUGAGACUGAAGCCUGCAGAAGUGGAUGCUGCAGUGACUAAAGUCCUUUCAGCCAAACAUAAUUUGUUUGCUGCUGCAGAUGGGUCUACAGUGCCAGAAGGCUGGAAGACAACUCAUCUUCUGUUCAGUCUGGGAGCUGUGUGUUUAGACAGUCGUGUGGGUCUGGACUGGGCAAGCUCCAUGGCAGAUAUUCUUAGGUCUCUGAACUCCUCUGCCCAGUGGCACAACGUGAUCGCUGCUUUCACCGACCACUGCAUCAAGCAGCUGCCCUUCCAGCUAAAGCACACCAAUAUCUUCACUUUACUGGUGCUGGUUGGGUUUCCUGAGGUGCUGUGCAUGGGGACUCGUUCUGUGUACAUGGAUAAUGCUAAUGAGCCUCAUAACGUGAUCAUCCUGAAGCAUUUCACUGAGAAGAACAGGGCUGUUGUAGUGGACAUCAAAACCCGAAAGAGAAAAACAGUGAAGGAUUAUCAGUUGAUUCAGAAAUGUGGACAAGAAGGCAGUGACUCCCAGGCCCAGCUGAAACAGUAUCUGCAGCACUUUGUCCUUAUAUCCACUCACCUCCUGCAAACCAGCAUGGACAGUAGCUAUGCUGAGGCAGUCGAAGCAACGUGGGUCUUGUCACUGGCUCUCAAGGGGCUUUACAGAACACUGAAGAUCCAUGGCUUUAAGGAAAUCCAAGCUGCCUUUCUCCAGUCUGAUUUGCUCAAGCUUCUAGUGAAGAAAUGUAGUAAAGGAACUGGGUUCAGUAAAACCUGGCUUCUCAGAGACUUGGAGAUUUUGUCAAUAAUGCUGUAUUCCUCAAAGAAAGAGAUCAGUUCCCUGGCUAAACGUGAGGAUACUGAACUGGAAGAAAGGGAACAAGAUCAAGAUGUGGAGCAACCCAUUGUUGGUCCUGUUGAUUCAGAGCAGAACAAACUUGAUCCUCUGGAGGGUUUGGAUGAAGCCACUAAAAUCUGCUUCUUGAUGACCCAUGAUGCACUCAAUGCUCCUCUCCAUAUUCUUCGAGCCAUGUAUGAGUUGCAAAUGAAACGAACAGAUUCUUUUUUCUUGGAAGUUCAAAAGAGGUUUGAUGGGGAUGUGAUUACAACAGAUGAGAGGAUCCGAACGCUGGCUCAGAAGUGGCAGCCCAGCAAGCGUUUGAGGUUGGAGGAGCAGAGUUCAAAAGCAGUAGAUACAGACAUGAUCAUCUUACCCUGCUUGUCCAAGCCUGCGCUCUGCGAUAAAGCGACGGAAGAAACCAACCCAGUUGCCCAGAAGCUGAUAACCAACACAGAGAGUGAUCUGCAGCUGAGUUAUGCCAAGCAACGUCGUACUAAGAGUUCCAUCCUCUUGCACAAGGAGCUGGACUCCAGAAGUAAAAAGGCUGUGAGGGACUAUCUGUACCGUGUCAACGAGGCAACGGCCGUUCUUUACGCCAGGCACGUGCUGACGUCCUUGUUAGCUGAGUGGCCAGAUGAUGUGGCAAUAAAUGAGGAAAUCCUAGACCUUAGUGGCCCAGCCCAUAUGACAUACAUCCUGGACAUGCUCAUGCAGCUGGAGGAAAAGCAGUUAUGGGAAAAAAUUCUGCAGAAGGUGCUGCAGAGGUGUGAUGAGAGCAUGCUAGGCACAAUGGCCCUGACAGCCUGCCAGUUCAUGGAGGAGCCUGGGAUGGCAGUGCAGGUGCGGGAAUCCAAGCACCCUUACAACAACAAUACUAAUUUUGAGGAUAAAGUUCACAUUCCUGGUGCUAUCUACCUCUCAAUCAAGUUUGACUCUCAGUGUAACACAGAGGAAGGCUGUGAUGAGUUGCUGAUGUCCAGCAGCAGUGAUUUCCAGCAGGACCGACACAGCUUCAGCGGCUCCCCGCAGAAAUGGAACGAUUUUGAGCUUCCAGGAGACACCCUCUACUACAGAUUUACUUCUGACAUGAGUAACACUGAGUGGGGUUAUAAGUUUACAGUGACAGCAGGUCAUCUUGGAAGGUUUCAGACAGGCUUUGAAAUUCUAAAGCAGAUGCUGUCUGAGGAAAGGGUGGUUCCUCACCUCCCACUGGCCAAAAUCUGGGAAUGGCAGGUGGGAGUGGCCUGUCGCCAGACGGGUCACCAGCGGCUGAAGGCAAUUCACCUGCUCCUGAAGAUAGUGCAGUGCAGCCAGCAGGGGGACUGUGACCUCACCUUGUUGAAGCCACUUUGGCAGCUCUUCACCCAUAUGGAAAACAACUUGUGUUACGACAUGGCCAAGCCUGGGAUCCUCCUUCCUCUUCAUCGUGCACUCGCAGAACUCUUCUUUGUUACAGAAAACAGAGUCACUGAGCUUGGAUCUCUGCAGGAGUAUUUGCUUGCCUUAAAUACCGAAGAUCAUCUUCAUCGCUGCACAGCACAGGCCCUGAAAAACAUUGCUGCUAUCAGCCUUGCCAUUAACUAUCCAAACAAAUCAACAAGUUUCUGGAAUGUUUAA